GACAAACAGGUCGAGUCUCAAAUCUUUUAUAUAAUGUUUUUGUGAUGAUUUGUCACAAGUGCAGCUGUGAUCAUUGUCAGUAACAAAAAACAGUCUGUAAAGAGACACCCCGCCUCUUCAAACCGCCUGUCAGGACCUCAGUGUUAUAAAGCACCGUUACAGUGACACGAUCAUAUGCACAAUGAGGAGCUUCACCCUGAUAACAGCUUUACUUCUCUGCAGCCUCAGCUGGAUCUCUGUCUCAGCUUCUGAGUCUCAGACUGUGGAAGUUCAGCCUGGUCAAGAAGUCACACUGCUGUGCUCCAACUUUUCCAGUGUUCCCACUCAGAUACUCUGGUUCAAACUGGUGAACAGAACACAGCCAUGCUGUAUUUCCCACAUGUUCAAUCCUCAUGAGCCUGCUACAUUCUGCCCUGGAUUUCAAAAUGAAAAAUUUGAAAUGCGAUCAAACAUCUCUACUGUCUUUCUGAAAAUCAAACAAGUGGAUUUAUCUGACUCUGGACUGUAUUUCUGUGGAUAUUACAUCAGCAGAGACCCUGUUAUUGUUGAUGCAACAUAUUUAGAGGUUCAAGUAACUGGAGAUAUAAGAGUUGAAGAGUUUGAUGGAGUGAAAAACCUGAUGAGUGUGACGCUGGCCGCUCUGACUGCUUUCCUCGUCAUGGUCGUCAUUUGUCUGGCUGUUAAAAUCAAAAAGCUCCAGAAUGCCUGUGCUGAAGAACGGAAUCCACAACAGACAGAGAGUCCGACCGCGGAUGAUCUGAACUAUGCAACAGUGACUUUUCAUCAAAACACAAAGAGAAACUACAGACCUGCAUCAGACGGACAAGUGGAGUCUGAUACUAUUUAUUCAGCCACCAGAUAGACUCAGGAAGCACCUGGAGCUGCAGCUGGAAGUGGACUUGUGCCUGUCAUAUCUGCCACAUCCAGCCCAGUCUCAUCAUUCACUCCACUUCUUGGAUUUUUACCACCACCUGACUUGGACACUCCCUCAUCACAGACCCCAAUUCAUGUCUUCAAAUGUCUUUGAUGUCUUAAAACAUUUUGCAAUUUUUAAGAAACUGUUUGACUGAUUAGCCUAGUCCUAGCUGGGUAUCUUUGUCUUCAUGACCCAACAGCAGACAGUUAUCAUGACAAAAAUGUAAAGCUUGCUUCUCAUGCUUAGUGAAAUAGUCUAACAAUAUUUAUGUGAUGUGAUCACGAGCAGCAAACGUCUGAUCAUAAUAUAUGUUGAAAUGAUCUGUCACGUGCCAGCCUGCUUCAAGACCUCAACCAUCAUCCCUGUUCCCAAGAAGCCAAGGACCACAGGACUUCAGACCCGUCGCCCUGACCUCUGUGGUUAUGAAGUCCUUUGAGCGCCUUGUUCUGUCACACCUGAAAGACAUCACCGACCCCUUCCUGGACCCCCUGCAGUUCACCUACAGAGCCAACAAGUCUUCAGAAAGAACACAGCCUCACCUGCCCCACUUCACAAUUGACACUGUGGAGUCCUUCCACUUCCUGGGAACUAUCAUCUCCCAGGUCCUCAAGUGGGAGCUGAACAUUAGCUGCAAUCUUCCGUCUCUCCAGGAUCUGUACACCUCCAGGACCCUGAGACGUGCAGGAAAGAUUGUGGCUGAUCGCUCCCACCCCGGACACAAACUCAUUGAGACACUCCCCUCUGGCAGGAGGCUGCGGUCCAUUAGGACCAGAACCUCACGACAAAGAACAGUUUUUUCCCAUCUGCUACUAGCCUUUUAAAACAUACCAUGCAUAUAUAUUUAUAUUGUUAUAUUUUUAAUUUUUAACAGUUUAUAUUUAGAGAAUGUUUGUCAUGCACCAACGACACCAGAAGAAAUUCCUUGUAUGUGUAAAAUCGUACUUGGCAAUAAAGCUUUUUCUGAUUUCUGAUAAAGCACAAAUAUCUUUAAAAAAACAACAACUAUAGUUUGACAGUCAGGAGUUUUGGACAAAUCCAUUUGAGCUCUGCCUGCCCAUUGUUGCAAUGAGGUGACAAACAGCGCUAUCUGUGUCAGUGAGGUAUCUGUACCAUGACUGAGGUCUGAACUACAGGAAGUCAUGACCAUCUAUGCGUAUGCAAAUCAGACGCUUCCUAAACUGCGUCACCACGGCCCUCAUCACAUGUCACAGUUUACACUUCAGACUUAAAGACACAGUUGACAGUCCACAUGUUGCAUCUUUCACACUUAUGAAAAGAUGUGUGACAGUUGCCCAGCCUUCUACAAAACUAUUUCCUCUGCUUCUGAAUGCUCAAUAAAGACAUG